UUGGUCUCUUCCUUUGUCUGCAACUGAAAACCUUCCACAUGUCUACGACGAAGACACAACAACAACCCUUAUGGUCCACAUUACUAUUUAUCAACCACACAACAACGAUGGAGAUCGAACAAGAUUCUUUGAAGGGCAUGAAGGGUUUUAUUCCAUAUAUGUUCAUACUAACCCAUCUUUUCAAGAACAUUACCCUGAAACUUCUGUCUUCUACUCAAGAAGAAUCCCAAGCCAGGCGGUGUAUUGGGGAACACCAACAAUGGUAGACGCAGAGAGAAGACUAUUAGCCAACGCUCUCCUCGACGAAUCGAACCAAAGAUUCGUCCUCUUGUCCGAUUCUUGCAUCCCACUCUUUAAUUUCACAACCAUCUACGAUUACUUAACCGGUACCAAUCUCAGCUUUAUCGGCUCAUUUGACGAUCCAAGAAAAUCCGGUCGAGGCCGUUACAACUCCAAAAUGUAUCCACAAAUCAAAAUCACACAAUGGCGAAAAGGGUCGCAAUGGUUUGAAACAACUCGCGAACUUGCUCUUCGUAUCAUUGCAGACACGGUUUAUUACAAGGUAUUCGAUCAAUAUUGUAAACCGCCUUGUUACAUGGACGAACAUUAUAUCCCGACUCUCGUCCACAUGUUGCAUGGAGAGAUGAGCUCCAACCGGACCUUGACGUGGGUCGAUUGGUCGAGAGCCGGUCCCCAUCCUGGCCGGUUUAUUUGGCCUGAUGUGACCGAUGAGUUUCUGAACCGGAUCCGGUAUUCAGAGGAGUGUGCGUAUUAUGGCCGUGAUGGUGAGAAUAUCACAAUCUCGAAAUGUUUUUUAUUUGCUAGGAAAUUCACAAAAGAGACUUUAGAACCUUUGCUGAGAAUCUCGCCUUUAGUUCUUGGGUUUGGUCCGUAAUUACUUCCAAAUUAUGAGGUUUAUUUAUUAAUUAGUAAAUAUUAUGCUAAUCUUGCAAAUCCAUUUCUGUCAUCUGAAAUGAAUGUUUGCUACCCCACGGUUUCAAUUACUGUAUACUAAAAAUUUAAUCAAUUGAUAACCGAGGAAACAGUUCGAC